AGUAGCCCCCGAGGCUACAGCCAAGAACUUGUGCUUGGGUGUAGGCUCCACAGAUUAGCAUCCUUUGCCGCUAUAUUUAUGAUCCUUCUCGAUAUUUUUAUAUUUAUCGGGUGCGCGACCAGCGCUCCCGAUGGGAGUAGCCCCCGAGGCUAUGAACAAAUUCUUGAAUUUGGUCAUAGGCUCUCGCCAUUUCUAUAUUGUCAUACUCGAAAUUUUCUAUUUUUCCAAAGUAGCCCCCGAGCAUUUGGGCAAAAACUUGUAUUUGAUCAAAGGCUCCAAGAGUAUUCGAAUGUUUUACCUUGUCGCCAUUCUCUUUUUAUUUUUCUUGUCAACAUAUUUUCCUUUGUCAAAUUCUCUUCAUCUCUGUCAAUAAUUAGGAUUUUUUCUGCCUUGUGGGUCCAUUGUUCCCACCACGUUGACACGUCGUGCAAGUGGGGGACACACGUCCUCCGCUUUUCCUGGCGCACGUACGGUAACGCCUGUUCCAUUCCUUCUCAGUAAGAAUACCUUUUUACCCUUGUAUCUACGAGAUCCUUUUUCACCACACGAUUUCUUCAUCCAACGGUGCACUGCUUCGCCCGAACCCUAUAUAAACCUUUCUUCAACCUCGGUCCAGUCCUUCGCUUGCGCCGCACAUCCGUUCCCUUCUGCAAAAACUUCCCUUCCGCCCAAUUCUGUUUGGUCUUCCGCACGCUCAAGCAUUGCCUUGUCCAUUGCUGUUGAUGCCACCACGCACGCGACUUACGCGCCACAGCACUCCAGAAUCCGCAAUGGCCGCCGAAGAUCUUGACUGGGAGAGAUCUAAAAUCUCCAACCAAGACCUCAACCUGAUGAAGAAGCUUGGCCUGAUGAAGAAAGAUGACGCCAUCCGCUUUCCCAGCGAAGAAAGCUACCCCAACCCUCCAAUGGAGUACUGGGUUAGUUUCGUUGAUCACCUCAUCCGCGGCCUUUCUGCCCCUAUUCACGAUUUCCUCCGCGGCCUUCUCUUUGUUUAUGGGAUUCAACUACACCAGUUGACCCCCAAUUCCAUCCUCCAUAUUUCCAUUUUCAUCACGCUGUGCGAAUGUUUCCUUGGAGUUCCUCCCAAUUGGGCUCUUUGGAAACGCAUUUUCCUUCUUCGUCGCAAUGCCUCUCGCAACGCCACUUAUAACAUAGGCGGCGUUGUUAUUUGUGUCCGAACUGAUGUUGAAUACUUCGACGUCAAAUUUCCCGAUUCUGUCCAAGGGUGGCGCAAAAAGUGGCUCUACAUUCACGAAGAAAGUGCCAACUCUGUGGAGCACAACAUAGUCCCCUUCGACGGAAAUGCUAAAAUUCAACGCCGCCGCUCCUGGGAUGCUGAAGCUUCCGAAGAAGAGAAAAAGGCGACAGAAGCACUUAUGUCUCGUAUUCGUCAACUCCAAAAUACUCGAGGCGAAGAACUAUCUGGUGUUCAAAUCACUGCCUAUUUUCUUAGAAUUAGGGUGCAACCUCUUCAGGCUCGCAAAAAUCCCCUUUGGACAUAUACCGGCGGAAACGACGCCAAUAGGCUCUCCAGUGAUCUCUCUGCAAAGGACUUGGAGAAGCUGAUUCGAAGAAUUUCUAGUUUAAAUAAGAAAGAUCCUGUUCCUUCUUCCUGCCGCGUGGAACCAUACAGCUCCACCAAUCCUCUCCCCGAGAACCAUCCUACUAUGUCUUCUCUUCCUCCCCUUCCUGAGGAUGGAGAAGUCGAAGAACAAGCUGUCGUUGCCGAAGAUAAUCAAGGUUCCUCUCUUCAUGAAAGUGAAGUCGCAGGUUCUCACAAAUCUGCGGCUUCCCAUGAAAAGGAAGUUGAAUCUGAAGCCAGCGAGUCGACGCAAUCCCUUCCUCCUGCUGUUUCCCCGAAGAACAAAAGGAAAAGGGAUGACGCCGAAGCCUCCGGCACCUCCAAACCCGAGGAAACUGAUCCUUCGUCGCAAAAGGCAGCUUAUGAUCCAUAUCUCGGGACCCUUAUCAGUUCGUGAGUCCUUGUUCUAUCUUUUCCUUGUAUUUGAACAUUCGUAUCUAUCUUGCUGCUUAUAUUUGUCGACAUUUUACUUGCAGUGAUGAGGAAGAAGAGGUACC